AUGGACCACGAUCUCGCUCUCCAACAGACCUUCCCGUGGAAUAUCGAGCGCAACCGGCUGGCUGAGCUCCUCACGGCAGAUGUCACGGUUGCUGCUGGCUCAGCAGCCUUGGUCACUCCAGCCGUCAUGAUCUUGGACAGGCUGGUGGUGGAAAAGUCCUCACACAAUCAACCUCUCCUGCCGGCAUUCCGUCGACACUUGUGGCUCUCCAUCACGCAGCCCGCGACCUUCCUCACCUCUCGACCGAGUCUGCUGGUCUGGUCCCUUUACACCGCAACGUUUGCAGCAGCCAAUGCCACCGAGACCAUCCUCGGAGAGGUUUAUCCACACAUCGACCAUGCGAUAGCCACGACAUCGACCUUCCUGACCACCUUCGUGGUCAACUCCUCCGUUGGCAUCUGGAAGGACGUCAAAUUCGCCCAACUCUUCGGCUACAACCACAACACCAGCACUGCGGGGACAACCAGCCCUCCACCCCCAGCUGCCGCCGCCGCAUCCAGCCCGGCAGCAGUAACCAAGCCAGCCGCUGCAGCCGCCGCCGCAUCCCAGAGCAAAAUCCUCCGCUCCGUCACCCGCUCCAUUCCCUUUGCUACAUACUCCGCCUUCCUUAUCCGCGACGCCCUGACGAUCUUCGGCUCCUUCAGCCUCCCAGCGAUGGUGUCCGCCUCAAUUCCCGACUCGAUCGCCUCGAGCGAGUACUCCAAGAUCCUCCUCGCACAGCUGGCCAUCCCAGCCUCGAUCCAACUCAUCAGCACCCCGAUCCAUUUACUCGGCUUGGACCUCUACAAUCGACCCAUGGCGGUUCCGGCCGCGGACCGAAUGUCUCGAGUGAGCCGGGAUUGGAUCGGAGCCUCGCUGACGCGGAUGUGUCGCAUUAUUCCUGCCUUCGGGAUCGGUGGGUUCGCCAACACCGAGGGGCGGGCCUAUCUCCAUGAGCAACUGCGGCAAUCCGGUGAGGAGUGA